AUUGGAUCUUUGAAUUCGGUCCGUACUUUGUUUGCGAGUGGACGCGGUGUCCGUGCGUGCGAGGAAACGGGAUACGAGUUUGAUAAGUGUUUACGAGAAUAAAAAAAAACAAUGAAAAUGUGAACAAUUGGGCGGGUAGUUAUCGCUGGCAUUAUCACUUCCUUUACACGAUAAAAGUGCAAAUUAUGAAUAAGUAAAAAAGACGAAAUGACUAUUCUUCUUUACGAUUACUGUGAGUUGGAGGAGAGGGCAUCGAAACAUCUCAAGACCUGGAAAGCAUGGCAUUUAGUAUUGUACGUAUGCGCUGCGAUAUUUGGCGUAGUCAACUAUGUCUUUCUACAACACACGAUGAAACUGGUCGAUAACAACUGUGUGUUAUACCCACGACAACUAGAAUUUCGAGAAAUCGACGUAUUAAUUAAUGGUACUAGUUAUUUAACCAGUCCAAAUAUAACUAAUAGUGAUAUAUUUGAUGAUUCGGAAGCGACUGGAAUUGCUAAUGAAACUACUGUUACUGAUUCUAAUGAUGUAGUCAAAGACAACUAUACCGCGCCAAUUAAAAUUAUUAAAAGAGAUGUUACAGGUACGGUAGUACCAAAUGUCCAAUUAUCAAAAGAAAAUAUUAUUAUAUAUUCAGGUAACUCAACUCGUCGAUUAGUACUGGACACGUCUAGGUCUUUGUUCGGAAAAGACAAUGACUGCCAGUAUGCCGAGUAUAUGCCUGUAUUGUCAACUGUUUUCGCAAUUACGUGGAUUGUUAUGUUCACAAUUUGUCCGGGCGGAGGCUAUGCUCGAACUGGUCUCCAGCAGCCGUGGCGUAUAUUAAUGCCAGCCUUGUUAUUUUCGCUAGUAAUGGCAGGUCUCACUGGCUAUAGUUUUACCAUGACGAACAAGGGCUUACACGCGUUCUGUGAAGCAUUUUUCGAAAUCACCAAUUCGACUAAUUGUUCAUCUGUGAACGAACAUAUAGAGCGAGGUUGGGAAGCGACGUGGAGUUUUAGCGGCAGGGCGGCGACGACACGAGCGGCCAGCGCUGCCGUGUGGGCCAGCUGGGCCUGCGCCACCGCCUUACUGUUCGCACGCUGCCUAGCCGCUCCCGAUUUUCAAGUCAAGAAAACCAGCGUGUACCUUAAAAGGGAUCCACAAAACAAAAUCACUCCUUAUUUGAGAAGAGCUUCCAGACAUUCACGUUCGUCGAACAGUUCGCCGAACAAGCGCGAUAACGUGUCAGCGAAAUCCGAACCAACUGCCACCACUGAGCUCGUUACGGUUUCAUUAGAACAGGAAUCCGUACCUGCAUCUCUCGUAACAACACCCCAGAGGACGUCAUACAACACAGACUUAAUAGAAAUGACUCACAAUCCCGAAGAACGAAAAGAGAAGUAAAUUAUUUUAAUGUAAAUGUAAAUCGUUGAUUUCAGCUUCAGACGUACAUAAAAUGUAUAGACUGUUUUUUUGUUUAUCUCCUAUUAUCCUACGUAUAUUUUAUGAUGAAAUAUACGUACAAACAUAACAUAACGCCAUAUCGUGGUCCAGUGGUAGAUAUCAACCUAAAUUAGAUCUAAGUGUCAGAUUUAUAUUCAGUGUCGUGUUUGAUUCAAUUGAAUUUACUUCCUAUCUUAUUCAAUUUUAUAAUCAAAGAGCAUCCAACGCAAAGUAUAUUCUUCCAAGCUUCGCACUGCGAACUAUGAGUCGACAGUAUUGCAUAUAAAAAUGUUAUUACGGAUUUAAAAAACUGUGGCAAUCUCAUUGAUAAUUUACUGCUAAGCUUCUUUAUUUGCCAUUUAAAUUGAAAUUUUGCAUAUAUUGUUAUAUCUACAUGAAAAACUAAAGAAGCUUGAUUAAAACUUUUUAUUAAA